AUGAGACAAAGCCAAGAGAGGAGAGAUGAUAUCAAUGUCAGAAGAGCUUAUUCAACCGAUAAAGAACGUAUCAUUAAUGAAUUUUGGCUUCAUUUCUACAGGGAGAUAAAAGUUUCAUGUAAAUUGAAUUCAGAUUGUUAUAGCUAUCAGGAUCGUGUUAUAAUGUUAUUGAAUGAAUCUAAGAAGAAUCAAUCCAUUAAUAAUGAUGGUUUUAUAGAGUUCUCCUCUAGUGAGUUAAAGGAUUUACAGAACAUGAUUGAAGAACUAACUAUGAACUUCGAUGAAAAUAGAAUCUUUAAAAGCACUCCUCAGUUAUUAAACUUAUUGAUAGAUAAUGCUCAGAUCACAGCUAAAGAUCAUUUAAAGAGUUGCCUAUCAACAGAUGUUUAUAAUCGUUAUAUUAGUCAUUUAGGUCAUUAUACGCUGGAGGCUAUCAUCAUAUAUGUGCUAGGAUUGUUGUACAACAGUCUUCAAGAAUCCUCGGUUGUAAGGGUAUCCACAUUGUUGGACAGUGAUAGUAGUCAAGCGGUAAGUGAUAGUAGUCAAGCGAAAAGUAGUAAGAAAAGUCGUGUUCAACAAUAUGAAAUAGGAACCAAAUUGCUUGAGUUCAUGCUAGAAAGAAAUUGUUUCGUAAUUGAUACCUGCACAACAGAGGAGAUAAAACCAAUUGUGAAAAGAAAAGGAAAAGGAUAUUACCCAUUAAACUCAUUCGUAAUAUGUAAUUUUAACUGUUGCCUUCUCCCAGUUAAACUGAAUCUUCCUAUGGUUUGCAAGCCGUUAGAUUGGAAAUCUAAAUGUUUGAUGCCAAGAAUGUUUUCGGAUAUUAGAGGAGGUUACUUUUUCAAUCCUUCCAAUGAUUUAUAUAAUCAGUUUAAAGUUCAAUCUUCCUUUAGAGUUAUAUCAUCCCGUGACAUACACAAUUUCAAUAUUCACUUACAUGAUCCUAUGUACAAGGAAAUGUGCCAAAUCUUGAAUAGACUUCAGUCACAAGGAUUGUUGAUAAAUAAUAAUGUAUUGGAAUUCAUAAAGAAAAAUCAUGCGAGUUUAGAGAAAUUAGGUCUUCUUGCACACGUGAAUAUGAAAGAAGCCAUAGACCUAUUGAAGAUAUGUUAUCUCAAUGACGGGGCUGUUAAGGAUCUUUGUAGCUUUCGUUUUCUCUUAACGGAGUUAGCAUAG